AUGCUAUCACCAGCAUGGUACCAGUUCCUGGUUGGCGUGUUCGCCUCCCUCGGUUCAUUCCUCUACGGAUAUGAUUUGGGUGUUAUCGCCGAGGUCAUUGUCUGUGAUUCUUUUGUUGAUAAGUUUGCUGCGAACUCUACACAGAGCGGUCUUGUUGUCUCCAUGUUCACAACUGGUGCCUUCUUUGGCGCCGGGUUUGGCGGUCCUAGUGGUGAUUACCUAGGUCGACGAAAGACAAUCUCCCUUGGCUGCUUGCUCUUCUGCUUGGGAGGAGGUCUUCAAACCGGUGCACAGAACAUCUCGUUCUUGUAUGCUGGACGAUUCUUUGCCGGCCUUGGUGUCGGUUUCCUUACCAUGAUUAUUCCACUCUACCAAGCCGAGAUCUGUCAUCCUAGUAUUCGUGGUCGAGUCACAGCCCUGCAGCAGUUCAUGCUUGGAGUAGGCGCUCUCUGUGCCGCAUGGAUCUCCUAUGGCACAUACAUUGGAUUUUCUUCCACUGAUGAUGCCCAAUGGCAAUUGCCCCUUGGACUCCAGAUGCUGCCUGCUGUAUGCCUGGGUCUCUUGAUCAUGAUCUUCCCCGAGUCCCCUCGUUGGCUCAUCGACCAUGGCCGCGCUGAAGAGGGCCUCAAGACUCUGGCCAAGCUGCAUGCCCAUGGUAAUGAGAUGGACGCCUGGGUUCAGGCUGAAUACGCCCAAAUUCAGGAGAGCAUUACCUACGAACAUGAGCACGAAGCCAAGUCAUACACCGAGCUGUUCACGAACCGGUCAUCCUUCCGCCGUCUGUUCCUCUGCUGUGCCUUGCAAGCUUCCGUCCAGAUGACUGGUGUAUCCGCUAUCCAGUACUACUCUGUGACAAUCUAUGAGCAGAUCGGAAUCUCCGGUGAGGCUACCCUCCGCUACCAGGCCAUCAACUCAAUUAUUGCGCUGGUUGCCCAAUUCCUCUGUAUCCUGUUCAUCGAUCGCUUUGGUCGUCGCUGGACGCUCAUUGGAGGAAACCUCGGCAACAUGGUGACAUUCAUCGCCGCAACGAUCCUUCUGGCCAAGUUCCCUCCUAGCACCAACAGCACAGGUGCCCAUUGGGGCUUCAUCAUCAUGACCUGGCUUUAUAACUUCUCAUUCAGCGCAACCUGUGGUCCUCUAUCAUGGAUUAUUCCAGCUGAGGUCUUCGAUACCAGGACUAGAUCUAAGGGUGUAUCGAUCGCAACUAUGACCUCGUUUGCGUUCAACACAAUGAUUGGUCAGGUUACGCCAAUUGCCAUGGCAAAUAUUAAAUACAAGUUCUACUUCCUCUUUGUGAUCUGCAACUUCACGAACGCGCUAUUCUUCUAUGCGCUUCUGCCGGAGACCAAGAAGGUGCCGCUCGAGGAGAUGAACUAUAUGUUCUCACAUGCGCCGUGGAUUGUGCCCGGUAGCAAGAAGGAGGACUACUUGCCGCAUGAUUUGGAGCGGAAGGUUGAGGAGCAGGAGGUUAAGCAGAGUGCGAUGCAUUAUGAGUAG